UUCAUUAAUGCGAUGGUAAACGCACCGCUGGCCACAUCGUAGUUCUCCACUCUGACCGGGUGAAUCACAAGAUUUCUUCCCCGGUUACCAAUUGUAUUUGUGCCGUUACAAAAAAGAAUGUAUUUCAUCAAAAAAUGUAACUACAGGGGCAUUAACCGCGAUCCGGAGUCCAUUGCGUGUGUACGCCGGUGGAAUCUUGGAGUUCGGAGCCUGGAGGAAUAAGCAUACAAAACGUCUUUACUCUUUGAACACACACAACUGCGUGCACGGCUGCACGAGACCCACAUCAACCAUGUACUAUUUUUCUAACCCGUUAACGGGCAGUGACGUCGGGAGGCGACAAAGUGGAAUUUUUCUCCCAGCGAUCGGCAACAGUUAUUCGCUAUCCCUUAAUGAAAUAAACAGCAAGGGACUUUAAAGCGGCGAUAAAAACAUAAUAUGAACUUGUGUCUCAAGUCAAUCAAGACAGUAGGUGCGCGAAAAUCGCUAGUUUUGACGUUUUUGAGCUCUCGUAGGUCUUGCUAAUUAACUACUUAGUGAAUGGAUAAUUAUACCCGAGGUGAAUCAACAAGGUACAAUGGAAAACGCUUUAUUCAGAAAUGCCUAAUAUGGGUUCUAUAAGUUGAGCCAUAAAUGUCCACAGUCCGGCAAAAACUUGUGUUGAAUGCUAGGGAGAGUGUAAGCGCGGACAACGUUGAAAACGGGAGUUGGUAGUUCUUAAUCUUUUGCACUGAGGACUACCGUUUAACGGCACUGGGUGACUGGCAGUCAGAAAAUUUUUCGGCCGAAAAAAAAAAUUUGAGAAACGGAUUCUCGAUCCGAAAAAUUCGCUGAUUAUUAAUACGUGGUCAGAUCCAGCUUAAAAAAACUAGUACAUGGUUGAUGGGGUCUCAUGUAGCUCCUGACUACGUGAAGAUUGCUCCCGACAGUUGCCUAAACACUUGUGCGCCGGUGAGGAUUACUGUAUACAAAAGUCAACAACACAGGAAGGAAUCAGCUGCGUCUGCGGCGGCCAUUCCGUGGUUGGAUAGCCCGCCACCGAGGGACCCCGCCCGAAACCCCGCAAAUGCAUCGUGCCGUUGCCGUUGCGCUCCUUCGCUUCGUUUAAAAUCUGGUCCACUAAAGAGAGAAUUACAUAUGGUUAAGCGAAAUCAACGGAUAACUCAACAGGUGGCAGCUGCCUGUUCCUCGAGCAACAUGGAGACCGCAGUGACCACUUUUAAAUUCUACAAUAAUCCGCCGCAGACGGAGCUGAUUCGAGCGCCCGAAGGCGGCACGCUCCUCCUUCCUUGCAACAACACGAACAGGCUGGUUUCCCACACCAAGAUUCCACCGGCAUUCACACGCAAUGGAAUCUGUUUCCCGGUUAAUACCCCAGUAGCUACAGUUGCGGAUGAAAAACAUUUUUUUUGCAACUGCACAAAUCGAAGUGGUAACCUCACAGGACUUCAUUGGCACACGGUCCGUGCGGGCAACUACGAUCGGGACAGCGGGGCGUUUACCAUCGAACUGGAUAAUUUCACCUACGCCCACAGCGGUCUGUACGAGUGCCUGCACUCCAACGGCAGCCAGCUGGUGGUGACGAAGCGGUAUUAUGUCAGCGCGACCCUCGUCCGCCACAACGUCUUCCAACCGCCCAUGCAGAACGUCACGGUCCGCCACGGCGACCCCGCGGCGAUGGUCUGCGCGGUCCGCUUCAAUUUCCUUCCCGGAAAGAUGAGCACCCGCUCGCUGUGGCGCAGCGAACACCACUUGAUGCUCGCCGAAUCCAUUCCCGAGGUCGCUAAAAAGGCCAAAUAUUGGUGGGGAUUCGUUGGGAGCUUUGGUUUCGGCGUGGAUGACGAGGGUCGCUGCAGCUCGACGAUGACGAUAGACAGUGUGACGUGGGAAGUCGCCGGGCGGUACGAGUGCUGGUUGCGCAUCAACGAUCGUUUCGACGAGUGGAUCAUGCAGGAAGCAUAUCUUAACGUCGUUUAAUCGCAGCAACCGUUUGGUUAGCGGUGGGCAGCUGCGUGUGCAUAGACCGCGUUUGCUCUGGAUGUGUUUCUUUGUAAUGGUCGAGCGUUUAUGUCGGCGAUGCGUUAGCUCCAACCAGGGACAAGAGAUUUGUUUGUGCGGAAAUUAUGAUGCGAUGUACCUCGGUGCAAAGUGAUAUCCCAGCAGUAUCUGUGACGCAUUCAUGCGACCUUUACGAAUUAUGACAUGAUAAGUAUUAUUGGGCCUGAACGAAUGCGGGUUCAACAAUAGCUUUUACUUCGCGGUCUAAAGCCGGAUUCACGCUGAAUUCACGGCACGAUUGGAACAUGUUAAUAAAUAUUUUAGGUAAUGCGGUUUUCUGGAUAUUGAAGUGGAUGAAUGUUGUCUAAGCGGUUCACCAUGUGUCUUCAACUUGCCUAUAUCCCAUCGUAUAUC